CCAGGCAGGAUUCCGCAGUAGGGCCACAUGUCUUCUCUGAACACGCCCAGAUAGAUGAGCCAGAUAUAUAGAACCUGCGGGUAGCAAAGGAACUUUGAGAAGGAGAUAAUCGCGCUACAGCCUUGGCUCAUCCUCAGUAUUACCUGUGACACCCUCGCAAUGACAAAACGGCGCAGCAAAGGGGCCACGUAAAGGGAGUUUGCGAAUACCAUGACAGCUCCUAUACAAUAAUUGAGAGUAGCGUGUAUCUAUUGGGGAUAUUCGCUAUUACCGACUUGGAGUAAGUUUGGAUACUUGGACAGUGACUGGGAGAAUACCCGUUCAUCGUUUAAUCUCAAACAUUGCAUGAAACAGAGCGAAGAAGCACCAUGAGUCGGAAAACUAGACGCUGGAUCUUUCGGGUUUUGCUUUGCCUUGGGAUUGUCUAUUUGAAAAUCGGUGGCUUUUCAUCGGUGGUCGCGCUAGGUGCGAGUAUAAUCUGUAACAAGAUUCCCGGUUUGGCUCCCCGACAGCGGAUAAUCUGCCAGAGUCGCCCCGAUGCCAUUAUAGUCAUCGGAGAGGGAGCCCAAAUGGGAAUAAACGAGUGUCAGUUUCAGUUCAAAAAUGGGCGCUGGAACUGCUCUGCGCUUGGAGAGAGGACGGUCUUCGGAAAAGAGUUGAAAGUGGGCAGUAAAGAGGCUGCGUUCACUUAUGCCAUCAUCGCGGCCGGCGUUGCCCACGCCAUCACCGCGGCCUGUACGCAGGGGAACUUGAGCGACUGUAGCUGCGACACGGAGAAGCAGGGCUUCUACAGUAAAGGUCAGGGCUGGAAGUGGGGCGGCUGUUCAGCAGACAUCAGCUACGGAUUAGGCUUCUCCAAGGUCUUUGUGGAUGCCAGAGAGGUGAAGCAGAACGCAAGGUCCCUCAUGAACCUACACAACAACGAGGCUGGACGCAAGAUCCUGGAGAGGAACAUGCGCCUGGAAUGCAAGUGUCACGGCGUUUCAGGCUCCUGCACCACCAAAACCUGCUGGACUACACUCCCCAAGUUCCGCGAGCUCGGCUACAUUCUCAAAGAAAAAUAUGCCCACGCCGUUCACGUGGAACCUGUCAAAGCCAGCCGCAACAAGCGGCCCAAAUUCCUCAAGAUCAAGAAGCCCUACUCCUACCGGAAACCAAUGGAUACGGACCUGGUGUACAUCGAGAAGUCCCCCAACUACUGCGAGGCGGACCCGGUGACGGGCAGCAUGGGGACACAGGGCCGCGUGUGCAACAAGACCGUCAUGCAGCAGAUCAGCGGCUGUGACCUGAUGUGCUGCGGGCGGGGCUACAACACCCACCAGUACUCCCGCGUGUGGCAGUGCAACUGCAAGUUCCUGUGGUGUUGCUACGUCAAGUGCAACACCUGCAGCGAGAGGACCGAGGUCUACACCUGCAAAUGACUGGAUUCAUGGGACCGUCCGAAGUGUGUGUGUGUGUGUGUGUGUGUGUGCGCGCGGAACUUCGUAUGAACCAAUGCGUCGCCGGCGUUUUCUCUGCAUGCAAUAUAUGUUGAGGAGAUGCUCGAGGAAUGCCGGCGAAUGAUCCCGCUCCCCUCUCAGUGGAACUUUAAACCGGGACGCCUGCGCUGGGCUGAGGGAGCUCUGGCAACAGGGGCGACACGUCGCCAUAACAGGGACCCGCAUGCGUCCUGAAAGCCAGGAUGAGACAGCCUUAGGACAUGAACUUGAACACACUGAGCUGCCUGCCUAGCUGUGCGUGCGGACCAGGUGUCUCUGCCGAGACUGUUAACAAGCUACGGAUGGAUGUGCACUAUUUACUGUUGAGCGGAUGGACGCUCACCAUGAUUCAACGCUGGAUAUAAUGCUGGAAUGUGCUAUUACUGUAGUCCCCCCGUAGCUCAAUAGGACACGCUAUGCACAAAUUAAAUUAAACAGUCAUUGGGAAUAUUUAACACUGUAUUUAGAUACAAAUAAAUAAUAUUAAUUUAUUUUAUAAAGUAACUACUGAUUUUGUCCAUUAUGGAGCAAUUCUAAUUGUGUAGAGGAUUGGGAGGAGGGGCUUCCUCAUCGAGAGUUUUUGUUAUUGUUUUUGUUUCAUUUGUUAAUGCAACUAUACACUGAAAUUUAGUUAGCCUAGAUUUUCCAUACUGUGUUCUUGAUAUCGUUCCAGGUUUGCCUGGUAAUAGGCUACUGACAUUGACUUCAUUAGUUUGCGCUAAUCUGAAAGUGCAGCCUGUCCGCUUCAUAGUGGCUUGGCCAGAAUUCGUGCACUAUAUCAGGUAUAGGGUGCCAUUUUGGACAUGUCCUUAGUCUUUCUUCUGUAUGCUGCUAGUCUGGAGAAUCCCUCAACAUGGAAUAAGGGCUUCAACAUUACUGUUUGUGUUGAAUGGCAUUGUUCAACUCAAGCUGACUAAAUUUAACAAGACAUUUUGAAACAGACACUCUUUUUGGUAAAUAUUCGUAAAGAGAGUAUAUUUUGUUAAAGCCUAUUUUUAUAUGAAUGUCUUAUUUAUACAAUUUCCUCCGGUAUAAUUCAAUUUCCCCCUCAUCCCUCAGUAUAAUGCAUGUGGAAAUAUUUUGCGACCUUGUGUUCGCCAAUGCUGUCACUUCACUUCCAUUGUUGUAUACUGUAUGUGACUGGAAUGGUGCCUUUGUCCCUGUGAAUAUAUGGCUGUGUUCAAACUGCUUUGUUUACUGCAUUUCAUGAAAGCUAUGGUUGGAAUACAGGAACGGGAUACUACUACAAA